AGAGAGGUGAAAAGGGGUGGAAGGGAGAAGGGGAGAAGGGGAGAAGAGGAGAAUCUGAGCUGCAAAUGCCCUUUUGUUUCCUUCCUUUUGGAAAAAAAGGAUGACUGAAGAUCUCUAUUUCUUCAUCAAGGAUUCCCUCGUCAUUAAGCCCCCUAAGAAAUCUCCCUUGGUAUUGAGGACGGUUGUCUUAUUAUUCUCCGUGGUCUGCGGUGUUUAUAUUUGCUCAAUCUGUCUAAAGCAGAUAAGCACCCAAACCAGAGCCAGAUUCCUAAGUUUUGAAGAGGUUCAAAGGCCUUGUCAUGUACUGGAUAUCCAUCCACAGGAGAUUCAUUAUGUGCACUAUCCCAUACCCAACACUUAUGACAGGGCUGAAUGUGUGUGCAAUCCUGUAAGAUUCUUUGCCAUCGUAUCGAUGCAAAGAUCUGGUAGUGGAUGGUUUGAAACCUUGUUAAACAGCCAUAUCAAUGUAAGCUCGAAUGGUGAAAUCUUUUCUGCAAAAGAAAGAAGAGAAAAUGCUUCGGCAAUUGUGGAGACGCUGGAUAAAGUUUAUAAUCUUGACUGGUUAAGUAGUGCUUCCAAGAAUGAAUGUUCAGCUGCAGUCGGCUUCAAGUGGAUGCUUAAUCAGGGCCUGAUGGUGCAUCACAAAGAAAUUGUAGAAUACUUUAAUCGCAGAGGCGUCUCUGCAAUAUUUCUCUUUCGGAGAAAUGUGCUGCGCAGGAUGGUAUCAGUUCUUGCAAAUUCUUAUGAUCGAGAUGCUAAGCUACUGAAUGGGACCCACAAGUCUCAUGUACAUUCACCUCAUGAGGCCCAGAUACUAGCAACAUACAAGCCUAUCAUCAAUGCCACAUUAUUGAUUCCCAAUCUGAAACAAGUGCAGGAUACAACUGCAAAAGCUUUAGAAUACUUCAAGAGCACUCGGCACAUAAUUCUUUACUACGAGGACAUCAUAAAGAACCGCACUAAGCUGAUGGACGUCCAAGACUUUCUUAGGGUUCCACAGAGGAAGCUUAAGAGCCGUCAGGUGAAGAUACACAAAGGGUCUUUAUCAGAGCAGGUUGAGAACUGGGAUGAUGUUCACAAGACACUCAAGGGAACACCGUAUGAGAGCUUCCUCCAUUCAGACUAUCAAAUGUAGUACUCUUGUCCUCUUUCACCUGGGUCAUGUAAAUAACACCACUUUC